GGCACGCUUUCACCUGGACCAGGACGGACUCAGACACACAGCCCGGGGACAGGAGCAGGAGAACAGCAGAGGGACCUGCAGGAUCCGUGUUCCGGCUGCGGGCUCCCGUCAUGCUGGGCACGGUGAAGAUGGAAGGGCACGAAGCUCCGGACUGGAGCGGAUACUACAGCGAGGAGAUGUACUCUCCGAUGGCAGGCAGUGGAAUGGGUUCUGGUCUUGGGAUGGGCUCCAUGUCGGGCUACAUGUCCAGCAGCGGGACCACGUCAGGCUCCUUCAAUAUGUCAUACAGUGGGACUGGUCUGAGCCCUGCUCCAGUGGGGGGGAUGGGCGGCUCGGCUCCAGCAGCCAUGUCGGGUUUGGGAGGGGGCGUGGCUUCGAUGGGCGGGGCUUUGAGCCCAUCAAGUAUGGGCUCGGUGUCGGCCCAGCAGGCCUCGAUGGGUCUGAACCCGUAUGGGGGCAUGAGUCCCACCAUGAGCCCUGGCAUGACGUAUGGCGGCGGAGGGCUGAACCGCGGCCGCGACAACAAGGCGUUCAGACGGAGCUACCCGCACGCCAAACCCCCCUACUCCUACAUCUCACUCAUCACCAUGGCGAUCCAGCAGGCACCCAGCAAGAUGCUGACCCUGAGCGAGAUCUACCAGUGGAUCAUGGAUCUGUUCCCAUACUACCGGCAGAACCAGCAGCGGUGGCAGAACUCCAUCCGGCACUCGCUGUCCUUCAACGACUGCUUCGUCAAGGUGUCGCGUUCACCGGACAAACCGGGGAAGGGCUCAUACUGGACCCUACACCCGGACUCAGGGAACAUGUUCGAGAAUGGCUGCUACCUGCGGCGCCAGAAGAGGUUCAAGUGCGAGAAGAAGAUGUCGCCAAAAUCGGACGGCAGGAAGGAGCAGGGAGGAGGAGGAGCUUCUCCUUCUGGGGAUUCCAUCAAACCUCCAGGACUCCUGGACUCCUCCUCCAUGCCCUCCUCCAGCCAGGCUGCCUCGCCUCCCGGUAUGGACCUGCGGGGAGGUGUUGGCGGGGCAUCAGACCUGAAGGUGUCCGGCUCACAGCUCCUGUCCUCCCUGUCAUUGCCCCCCCACUCCAUGGCGCACGAGUCCCAGCUGCACCUGAAAGGAGACCCCCACUACUCCUUCAACCACCCAUUCUCCAUUAAUAACUUAAUGUCGUCUUCAGAGCAGCAGCACAAACUGGACCUGAAGGCCUACGAAGCGCUGCAGUACUCCUCCUACAGUGCUGGGGGGGUGUCUGGCCUCGGGGGGAGGACCAUGGAGCCUCUGGAGGCCUCCUACUACCAGGGGGUGUACCCCAGACCGCUCCUCAACACCUCGUAGUACCCGCUGCACUUCCUGUUUGGACUCUCUGCAUGCAGCCGUCCUGGACUUCCUGUCUGACUGUGAUGAUGCUGAACCGGAUCGACUCUGCUGCUGCUGGUUUCUGAACUCCUGCACUGUGACCAAACCGGGACACAAAGAGACACGUUAACACUCGGCUGUUAAAACCGAUCCCAGGUCUGUGUUCUCCUCUUACACACUGAGUCACAAACAGUAAAAGUCCGUAAUUGCUGCAGAAAUCGGAGGCUCCAGAGGGGGCGCUUUAAAAUACAAAAUGGCUGGCUUUGGGCUAUUUCUUACACCUGUUGGCAAGUAGUCACAUGAUCAGUGUAGACAGUCACAUCACACAGAGCUUGUUCAGCAGAGGAAACCACACAUCAAAAAUCAACUCCACAAUGUCAGGACAAUGCAGAGAACUACCGUAAAACUCCUUUAAUAGCCUGGUGUCUCAAUUAGAGGCCUGGUCUGGAUUGUGUGCCUCUUAAAAAUCCACGUCACCACUGUAAGAUGGCAGCGGCCGCAUCAGGAAUAUUUAGACCUCAGUUUUGUAGAGUGGGAGCAACGUCUAACUUAAUCGAUGGUUUACAUAGUUUGAUGGUAGAAAUACCAUCUUUGCUGAAUGAAAGGCCUGUUCCAAAUAAAGGCAGGUUGAGGUCAGUGAUUAAAACAAAUAAAAGUGGGUUGUUAAUUGAAGUUUUACAGUUUGUACUAAAACAUCUUAACACCUCCUUAUAUUUCACUAUCCUGUACAUCCAGGCCAGAAGGCCACCAACCCACCAACAGGAAACUGGCUCUGUUCCGGUUCAAGAACAUAGUUUUUGAGAGCAUUUCGACCAAAAAUAAAUUGGUUCAGAACCAGGACAGUCGAUCCCAGCAGGUUCCCUUGGGAACCAAACUCGGCGUGUCCUAUUCUACAGGCUGGUCUACCUCCAUUCACUGAUGUUGUAUUUCUCAUUAAAUUGUGAAACAGAUGACUUAUCAAAAAGACGCAGUUCAAUGGCGUCUUAGUUUUAUUGAUGACACAUGAUUGGUUUGCCGUGAAUUUCAGGAUGAUUCUAAAUGUUUGAAAUGAAGCAGUGUUUUUUCAGUUACAAGGUUGAUCUGUUCUGGCUGGUCAGGAGGUGCUGGGCUUAGAAAAUAUUUCAAAUGGGUACAUUAAUGAAAAAAGUUUAAAAACCACUUCUCUAGAUAGCACGAGGUUCAAGAACUACAGCUAAUUUGGUGGAAAAGGGGGAACAGAGUCACAAACAAAGAUUUCAGACUUAAUGACAACAGGAUCAGUCAGACCAGAGUCCAGGGAUGGUUUGCACCAGCUGGUCUUUACUAAUCCUGGUCCUAACUGCUAAAACCGAGAGUUUAUGUUGAUUGCACCAACCAAACUUAAGCCUAAUCUUAGCUACGUGCGUCCGUGUGAAUGCCUGCUCCACCGUGGCUGUUGCCAAGCAGUGUGCAUUGCUAGGAUACAGUCUCCCGCUGUCCUGAUAAUUUGUAGCUAAUCAUCUUUAAUUUGCGGCAACGUUAUGUAGGAUCAAAGAAAAGGAAAAGGCGAUUUCACACAUUUCAACAAAUAGAGCUGUACGGCAACAGUGCGAUGUAGAGAAAUAACUGAGGUCAUCAAUGAUUGCUCAGCCUUCGUUAGGAAACCAUGUUCAGAAAAAGACAUUGAUGAACUGGUUGGAUGUGACGCCUAGUCUCAUCCAGAUGGCGGCUGAAGCGUUGACGGUGCAACCGGUGUAACUUUUAGGUUGGGUGUCGAACGCCAAGUUAGGAGCUUAAGACCAGUUGGUGCAACCGGCCUGUCAGCCCUAUGUCAGAGGUUCCCACGCUGCCGUCGCUAGAGUUAAAGAGGUUUCCAGUGCGAGAGAUACAGGAUCCUUUUCAGGCCUCGAAUCGACUCGUCCAAUAAGGACGCCAUUCCAGAGACAGAGCUUCAACCCCCCCUCGUCACUCCCUGAAUUUUGUUUGAGAGUACUAAAACUUAGAGGCCCCUGAGGGGCCCAAAGGGACCAAUUCACAUUUCUGUCUGUUUAAGUGACAGAGGGGUAAAACAUCGAUUAACAGAAUGUUUAAUGUCUCAAAUAUUAUCGACCAAGUCUGUUUCCUAUAGGCCUCUAACUCCAACUACCAUCAUGCAUUGCACACUUAACUUUAAAGGUUUAAAAUAUUAAGUUUGUAAAGGAAAUUCGGAUGGUUUGAACGAUAUGCAGUUCGUUGGUUCUGCCUCCAUCCGUCAGUCAGUCUGUUGCUGUGAGCAACAUUAAUGGUGUCAGGGCCCGAGGAAUAGGACCUGAGGAACAGAUUAAUUAUUAUAAUUCCUGUAUUUUGAUCAGAAAUAUGAGGAAAGGUUUAUUUCUCCCACGACCCGGCCUGCGUCUCCGCUGACCUCCGGAGGGGUCAUGACCCUCAGAGUGAGAGCCCCCCCCCCCACACACAGAUCAAAGGGUUUUAUUUAAAGGCUCAGUCCGCCUCGUCUGUCUCCGUCUGAUCUCUGCUGAAAGAAUCUGUUGAUCACGUCUUUUUAUUGAUUAUUGAUCAUAAACAUCUGUUUACAAUAUCAGUGUGAAAACGUUUGACUACUUAUACUUCAUUACUUUAUUUCACUUAUUGAGAUAAAUUCACUUGUUUCACGACAAACAUUAUUAUUAUUAUUAUUAUUAUUAUUAAUAAUAAUAAUAAUAAUAAUAAUAAUAAUAACAGGAAGACUUUGUUCCAUCAGAUGAUGAGAAGGAAACUGUUGUUGUUAUUUAUGGACAGUAAAUAUAUAAUUUAUAUUCUAUAACAAUAAACUGGAUGACGGCGUUCAGACGCUGAUUAUUGGACCACGUUGUAGGUUUCAGUUGGUGUCAGAUAAUAAUAAUAAUAAUAAUAAUAAUAAUAAUAAUAAUAAUAAUUAAACAUAACAUUUCUGAAAACUUAAACAAUAAAAUAGAUAAUAGUGUUACUGUGAGUAUCAAUACCAGUGAUCAAUACCAGUGAUCAAUAUUCACCAUCAGUACUACACCCUGCUGGGGAAACAUAAUGAUUAUUAUCUUCACGAUCAAUGAAUAUGUUUAUUGAAUUAUUGAUCAAUAAAAAGGAGACUGUGCCUGCAGACCAACCUUCCUAUAAUAAUCAAUAAAUAAUACAACAUUUAUUAACAAACAGUUUGAAUCAAUAUGAUUGAUCCCCAAUAAUCACAUUUACUCCAUUCAUUGAUUAAUAAUUGAUCAGUUUGAUGUAAUAAAGGAUCUUUGUUUGGUGACUCUCACUCUGUGUGUAAAAGGAGAACCCACUUCCUGUCUGUGUAUUUAAACUGUCCAUCACUGAUUAUUGAUUAUUGAUUAUUAUUAUUACCAUGUGCAUGAAUGAAGUGGGAGGUUGUCUUCUUCUUCUUCUCUUUUCUGGAAAAAAGUGGCUGUUUUAUGACCUCCUCCUCUUCCUCUUCCUCUUCCUCUUCCUCUUCCUCCUCUUCUUCUUCCUCUUCCUCCUCUUCCUCCUCCUCUUCCUCUUCUUCCUCCUCCUCCUCCUCUUCCUCCUCCUCUUCCUCCUCCUCUUCCUACUCGUUGUGUGUUUGUUUCUCGUGAGCUUUCGACUCUGCUGCAUGUUCUUCUUCAUGUUCUUAACUUAUUCUGUCAUUUUCAAAUAAAACGAGGAAACAUUUAUUGAUUUGUUGUUAAUUUCUGAUUAUUGAUCGUUUUACUGAUAACAGCAUUUUACUGUUUUUCUUCAUCGUUAUUGAUCGAUCGAGCUUCUGGACUCAUCAGUACAUUUAUUUGGGGGUUUCACUGAAAGGUUAUUGAUAAAGAGUUACUGCUGAUACGUGAUCAAUAAAAGGCUUUAGGGGAAUAUUAUUAUUAUUGAUAAUCGAUCAGUAAUAAGUUGUUAAUUAUAAAGAGUUCAAAGACAAAUCAGACAAUAAAAACAAUCAAUUAUAAAUCAAUCAAUUAAUGUUGUCUCUUCAGCAGCUCAAUGAAAGUAAAAAAACUCGUAAAUGGUUCAGAUCCAGAUCGUAAACCCUGUUUCUGAUCUGUUUAUUUGUUAUUAUUAUUAUUAUUAUUAUUAUUAUUGUUGUUGUCGUCUGUGCCGGCCUGAUGAGGAUGUUUGCGGUGUCGUGUGGAUCUGAUGGGUCCUGGUUCUGGUUCUGGUCUCACACAUUCAUCAAUAAAACAUUCAAACUAUUUUA